AUGGGCCAAUACCGCGUUUUCUCGGCCGUUGUCGCCGCAGCGCUGGCGCUGUCGAGCACAAGUAACGCACACAUGAUCAUGAAGACGCCAGCACCGUUCGGCAACCCCGACAACAGCCCAUUGUCUUCCAGUGGCGCCAACUUCCCUUGCAAGGUGACCGGCGAUGCCGCCACUUUUUACUCGGGUGUCGAUGCCACCGAGAUGGCAGUCGGUACCGACCAGACUUUGUCCUUUACUGGAUCCGCAGUUCACGGCGGUGGCUCGUGUCAGCUUGCCAUUACCUCAGACAAGCAGCCCUCCGCUUCGUCGACAUGGCAGGUCAUCCAAAGUAUUGAAGGUGGAUGCCCUACGAAGGACGGAACCAACCCCGGCGAAUAUACCUACCAAAUCCCCGAGGGUGUCGCAGCAGGCGACUAUGUUUUCGCCUGGACCUGGAUCAGCAAACUGGCGGGACAGCCCGAGUACUACAUGAACUGCGCACCGAUCAAAGUUACUGGUGGUUCAGCCAAGCGCUCCCCUGAGGAGACCAAGGAGCUCGCCACGAGAGCCGCCUCUCUGCCCAACCUUUUCGUUGCCAACCUGGAAAGCGUCAACAGCUGCAAGACCACCCCAGGCACCGAUCCCACUUUCCCAGACCCCGGAACGACUGUCAACAAGUUCUUGGCUGGACAAGCCAAGUAUGCCGAGGUCGACGGAACCAACUGCUUCCCCGUCGGUGCUACUGGAGGAGGCUCCGGCUCGGGAUCCGGCUCGGCCACAACCACAGCCGCAGCAGCAGAGCCGACCUCGACCACUGCGGAUGCCGCGGCUCCAACAACAUCGUCCGCGACCGGAUUUGUCACCAGUGUGCUGCCAACCACGUCACCCACCACCACAGCUGCCUCGCCCACCACCGCAAGUGCAAGCAGUGCACCCACCAGCUCGGGCACCCCCAGCACCACUGGAGGGUUGACCGGCGAGUGUACAUCAGAGGGCAUGUUCAACUGCGUCGAUGGGUCUUCCUUCCAGCAGUGCGCCAGUGGAACAUGGACUUCUCUUCAGGCCAUGCCUGCGGGUACGACAUGCGCCGCUGGCCAGUCGACGACUCUCUGGUCACGCGAGAUCAGGCGCAUCCGCACUCCUCGCCGCUCUCUCCCUAGCACUUUCUGA